AUGACGACCUCGAAGCAACUCGCAGCGACGCUGAAGGCGCUGCACGAGCCCUCGUCGCCCCUCAUUCUUCCCAACAUCUGGGAUUACGCUUCUCUGAAGGCGGUCCUCUCCCUCAAUGGCAGCGACACGGUCUCGGGCCCUGUUAAAGCCAUAGCUACGGCUUCCUGGGCCGUCGCCGAGUCCCAGGGCAUCAAGGACGAAGACCUCACAUUCGAGCAAAACAUGGCCGCAAUCAGCCGGCUCGCGCCCCACGUCCAGCCCUCGGGGCUCCCAUUGACCGUCGACAUUCAAGACGGCUACGGGGCGCGCAUCAAGGAGGCCGUGGCGAAGGUCGUCGAGCUCGGCGCUGUUGGCGCGAACAUCGAAGACAGCAUCCCCGAGCGGGGUUUCGGUCGCGGGAUCGAGGGGUCGCUGUACGGGGUGGAGGAGCAGGUGGACCGGCUCAAGACUGCGCUGGCAGCCGCAGCCGCCGCGGGGUGCGAGGGCUUUGUGCUGAAUGCCCGUUGCGAUGUGUUCCGGCUUGAGCCUUACUGCGAGGCCAAUGAUAAGGCUGUUCUGGAGGAGGGCAUCAAGCGGGGACGCGCGUACCUAGAGGCUGGAGCGACGACGGUGUUCUUCUGGGGUGGUGGUGGUCGAGGGCUACGGACCUCCGAGGUGGAGGUGCUCGUGAAGGAGCUUGGCGGUCGGGUUUCUGUGAAGCUUGGCGAAAAGGACGAUUCCCUGACGACGAAGCAACUCGGGGAGAUGGGGGUUGCGAGGAUCAGCGUUGGACCUAGCCUGUACUCCAUUGCCAUGCGUGCUGUCGCCGAGGCUGCAAGGAAUAUUUUGUCUGGCGGAGGGUUCAAAGGAUGA